CCGCCGUCCAAUCGUCGCGCGCCUCCGGCCCAGCCGCUGGCUGGCAACCCGAGAGGUGGCUGCGAGCGCCAUGGCGGGAAGACCGCUGCCCGGAGGCGGCGGGGUGUGUGCCGCCGCCUACCCUAACACCUCUGCCGGAUUCCCCCCGCACCUCCAGGCCGGCGCGAUGCGGCGCCGCUUCUGGGGGGUGUUCAACUGCCUGUGCGCCGGCGCGUUCGGGGCCUUGGCCGCCGCCUCCGCCAAGCUGGCCUUCGGCAGAGAGGUGAACGUGGGCUUCUGCAUCUUAGGCAUUAUUAUGAUGGCUUCCACCAAUUCUCUGAUGUGGACGUUCUUUAGCCGGGGCCUCAGUUUGUCUAUGUCUUCAGCCAUUGCAUCUGUCACAGUGACUUUUUCAAACAUCCUCAACUCGGCCUUCCUGGGUUUUGUGUUGUACGGAGAGUGCCAGGAGGUCUUGUGGUGGGGUGGAGUGUUCCUCAUCCUCUGUGGACUCACCCUGAUCCACAGGGAGCUCCCACCGCCCAGGAAGCCCCUUCCGCACAAGCAGCGGUAGCACCAGCCGGCCGGGCAGACCCGCUGGAAAGACAGUGAUGGCGGCUCAGGCUCGGGCUGGCGUGUGGGGACCGCAGCCCAGGGCGAUCUGGGUGCGCAGCCUUCCAGCCCCGGGCCAGAGGAGGAUGCUGCCCAGGGAAGCGGGCCCAUGACCAAGAAGCCUUGUGGGUGGACAGCUCCAGCUUCUGUCAGGGGAAGUACAGCUCGGCAGCGUUCUGCCCGAAGCCGCCGCCUCCAUCCGUCUGCACUGUGCUGUUGAUUCUCAUGUUUCCCGGCCCACCCAAGCAGGCCCCGGCAGGUGCAGGAGACCCUGGGGUUGGUCAGCUUCCUGUAUGGACUUGAGACCACACUGUAACUGCAAUCCUGUUGCCUAACAAAGGCCAGUCACGGGAUUUUGGAAUCAGGACUGGUUGGGCUUUUGGCUUCACAUCAAUGUUACCAGACCAUCAGCCUCAUGCUUCUGUAUUAAAGCAAGAGAAGAAAAACUGGAUUAAUAAAUGCUUGUUUUUGUAAGUUUAA